GCUAUACUUUGACUGGAUGGAUAACGAUCAUGUCCACUGGAAUUAGGGGAAAGGUUUUUCUAAGAUAUUUUCCUGGUGUUUUCUUCCUAGCAAGACGACAUGGAACAGUACCUCUUCAUGAAGCCAUCCAGCAGCUCUCCUGGUUACUAGGGAUAUGGGAAUCUGAGACAGCAAAGGGAUUCUUUCCAACAAUCAAACCAUUUGAAUACAAAGAGACAUUAGAGUUUACUCAUGUUGGACAACCUAUUCUGAAUUUCAGGUCGAGAGCUUUCAGUAUACCUGAAAAUGAACCAAAACACGCAGAGAAUGGUUUUCUGAGGAUUAAUAUUGAGAAAAAUCUUGUAUCUUUUAUGGUAGCUAUGAACAUUGGCAUUGUUGAGAUAUCGGAAGGGAAGGUAGUUGACACCGAGCUCCAACUUGAAUCUAUAGGACUACAUCACAUGUCUACCACAAAUCUACCCAUCACUACAAAAGUAGCUCGGACAUUCAAUCUGAUUGAUGAGGUGACACUGGAACAAAACGUUUCCAUGGCAACAGUCUCAACUCCAACGUUGACACCUCACCUGAGCGUUCGAUACAAAAAAGUACUGUCGCCCCUUCACGAUGCUUUGCAGCAGCUCUCGUGGUUACUAGGGACAUGGGAGUCCGAUACGGCAAAGGGAUUCUUUCCAACAAUCAAACCAUUUGAGUACAAAGAAACCUUGGAGUUCACUCAUGUCGGACAACCAGUUCUGAAUUUCAGAUUCAGUUCCUUCACUCCUGAUAAUGUUCCAAAGCACCGAGACAGUGGCUUCCUAAGAGUGAACAUGGGAACCAAUCAGGUUGCUUUUAUUUCUGCUCAAAAUGUUGGAAUUGUAGAGAUAGAGGAAGGUAGCGUAAAUGGAAAUGAACUUCAGCUUGAAUCUACGGGCAUCCUUCAUGCAUCAUUUGCCUCUUUACCCCAUACAACAAAGAUUGCAAGGACAUUCAAGCUAAUCGAUCCGUCUACUUUGGAACAGACUGUUUCUAUGGCAACGACUACCACUCCAGAAAUGAAACCACAUUUGAGCGUUCGAUACAAAAAAAGUCAAAGUAAUCUUUAAGUUUGACAGAGAGAAACAUAUGCUCAUAUCUUUUUAAAGAAUAAGAGUACAUUUGUAAUUCAAAGAUUAUAAUAUGCUUCUAUGAACAAGAAUCUUCAGAAAAAGCAGUUUAGCUCAAAGUAGGAAAAGAAGAAUUAGUCACUAAAUGCCAGUGUCCAAUCAAGUUCAUCGUUAUAUGGGCACUUUGUUCAAAAUACUGACCAGGAACCAAUCGUAAUGGUUCUUUCAUAUUUUAAAUUAAUCGUAGACAUGUAAUUCACAGAGCCUGGUUACUUGUCUUAUUUUAAUCCCAUGAAUUGUGUUGCAACCAAUUUGGUCUAUGGUCAUCAUUCUACUGGUGAGUGAGGGGAGAUUAAAAGAGUAAACAAGGCGCAAAAAAAAUAGUUUUUUAAUUUUUUGUUGAAACGACAAUCAUGUUGAUCAUGUUAUGAUAUGAUGUAUAAGAAAAAUACACUAAAUUUGUUUUUGGUAUUUAUGUCAUAUAACACAGUUUAGAUUAUAAUUAUUGGUGUAUACUGUAGUUGUAUUCUAAAAGGGUAGUUAAUUAAGCAUAUAUUCAAAGUAUACUGUAUAUCAAAAGUAGUUGAAAAUGCAUUUAUAGUAAAAGUAGUUAAGAAUGUAAUUUUUUUCUAUGUUCAUUUAAACAUUUCAAAAUUUUGUUGGUAUUGCAUGUAAGACUAACACUUUAUUUUGUUUGAAUCACAAUUAUAUUUCUGCUAUCCCCAAAUCCCCAAUUUAAGGAGAAAAAUUUGUCAUGAACACAUAAUUAUUAUGAAUGGCCUGAAAGAGUAUGUUCUCUCAAACAAUUUUAUACCAUAUUUAUGUGAUAAUAUGUGUUAAUGCUUAGAUAAUCAGUAGGUAUUCUUUGCAGCGAUAUAAAUUUUGAUUUGCGCCAGAGUGGGGCAUGACUGCAAUGAAUGAAUCCAGAUGUCAAUAAUGCCAUAAUCCUACAAAGGUUGCAUUGAAAUCCCUUUCAAAACACCUUAUCAAUAACUAAUAUCGUAAUUGGUUUAAUAAAAACACUGUUAGUAUCAAUUCUCAAGUUAAUUUAAUUGAAAAGGAAUAAUUUGCAAGUAUUUGCAAGUAUGUUUACUAACUUGUGUAGGAUUAUGACAUCAUUGGUACCUUGAUUUAUUCAUUGCAGUCAUAUCUGUCUUUGGCACAAAUCAAAAUUUAUAUCACUGCAAAGAAUCCCUCAUGAUCAUCCAAGCGUGAAGGCAUGCCACAUAAAUACAGUAUCAAAAUAUUUAUGAGAAGAUACUCUUUCCAGCCAUAUAUAUAGAAUAUAUGCGCUCAUGACAUAUUUCUCACUUAAAUUGGGGAUUUUUGAGGUGUCAAGUUUUUUUUACUCACACGGUAUAUGUAGUUCAAAACAGGCUGAAGUGGUUACAUGAGUUUAUCCUGAAAUAACUGUAACCUACAUGUAAUGUAUUCUCAUAGGGCAACUCGGGGCAUAUAUGGGUUUCAUAUUCCUGUUCGUACAUAAUUGGUUAGAAAUUAAGUAUGUGUACCAGCUGUUGGAACAUUUCAUUGUAAUGAAAUGAAAAUCUGUUCCCAAUAUUCACAAAAGGGUAUUUCACGCUGAAAUCAAGUUGAUUGGAAUUAAUAAUAGAAUAACAUUAUACACGCAACACAGUGGAACAACCAUCAAAGUCUGAUGAAAAAUUAUGGUCAUGAAAGUUGUAUUAUUUUUCUUGAAUGGUUUGAUGUAAUUAUGCCUGUUGGUAAGUUGAUGUCAUAGACUGACUUAUUGUCGUUUGAAUGUUUAGUUUAAAAUGAAAUCUGCAAUAUUUUUAUGUUUGUUUUCAUAGAUGUGCAGUAAUAAUCUCUUCCCCCUUGUAUCAGUGAGUAUGACUGUAAACAUUCCACAAAAAUCAAGAAAUGUUUUAUAUGGUUUGAGUAGACAAUACAAAUAUUUGUUAUUUCAUUUCAUGGGAUAGAAAAAGCGUGAGAUUUGUUUUCUAAUGUAAAUUAAAUUUUACUGUUUUGCUUGAUUAAUUUCCUCUUCAUAAUAAAUAAAAGAAUAAAAUCAACCUGACCCCUUGUUAAUAUGUAUAUUUGUUUCUGUAAGAUGUCAUAUUCAUUUAUUUAGUACAUUAAGCAUAUUUAUUAUGUUCUGAUAUGCAAUUGAUGCUCUGUAGUGGAAUCUUAGAGGCAUUGUCGUAUGCUGGGGGAAGGCGAGGGGGUAGACUUUGUGAUCUGCCCACCAUUUAUUUACAUGAUCUAUAUAUGACUAUUAAACAUAUUAUGUUACCAUGUUUUGUUCCUGUCACCUGGAAAAUAUGUCAAAUAACACACUGCUUUGUGCAUGUUAUCAAUACAGCCAUAUCUCUGCCAUUGUAUUAAAUUUGCUGUAAAGUAAUGAGA